UGGAGCUGAGAGCACCGCGGUGGAUUGUGGGUAUCUGCUCCAUUAGGGCAGGUGGUGGAUUGUGGGACGUGUGGAAGAUCUACUCGGGUGAAUCUUUUUCGCUUCUCUCGUUAAUGAGAAACCUGUAAAUCCACCGCAGGGAUCCAUCCGGUGGUCCGUGUCCGUGUCCGUGUGCCUGUGCGCUGUGAUGAGCGGAAGUGAGCUGUCUCUGCAGGCUCUGUCCUGGCGGAAGCUCUAUCUGAGCAGGGCGAAGCUCAAAGCCACAAGCCGCACUUCAGCGCUGCUGUCCGGCUUCGCCAUGGUGGCGAUGGUGGAGGUUCAGCUGGAUACGAGUCACGAUUACCCCCCUGGUCUGUUGAUUGCCUUCAGCGCCUGUACCACAGUGUUGGUGGCGGUUCAUCUUUUCGCUCUGAUGAUCAGCACCUGCAUCCUGCCCAACAUCGAGGCCGUCAGCAACGUGCACAACCUGAACUCGGUACGCGAGUCUCCGCAUGAACGUAUGCAUCGCCACGUCGAGCUGGCCUGGGCUUUCUCAACCGUCAUCGGCACGCUGCUCUUCCUCGCCGAGGUCGUCCUGCUCUGCUGGGUCAAGUUUUUACCCAUCAGGCCCAAGAACCAGAAAAACGGCACGAUCUCCGCCGGAGUGGCCGCCGCCAUCACCUCCACCUCUAUCAUGGUGCCGUUCGGCCUCAUCUUUAUCGUCUUCGCUGUCCAUUUUUACCGCUCGCUUGUCAGUCACAAAACCGACCGCCAGUUCCGGGAGCUGGAGGAGCUGGAGGAUCUGACACGGCUUCAGAAUGAGCUGGACCAAAGAGGAGAAACAUCAGCGCUGCACUCUCCAACCUCUCAAUAGAGGACGCCUUGACCUUCUUGAGUCUGCUUCGUAAACAUCUGUGUCUGUAGGUCAUUGUGUCGCAUGUUUAUUUAAAGGAGUUGAUGAAAUCUAGAAUGCAGCUCUGGUUUCACCUGAAUCCAUUUGGUGGGAACCAUCUAGAGCAUGAUUUCUGACUUGUUUUUUUAAUAUAUAUGUGUGUGUGUGUGUGUGUGUGUGUGUGCUUGAUUCUGCAUUUUUAAAUUGAGAAGACUUUUUAUAGAAAGAGUCCUAAAAAUACCAGACUCCUGUAAAACUGUGUCUGUUGUUGAAUGUGAAUUAGGAGUGGGACAAUUUAUCAGUGUGACGGUGUAUCACGAUAAAGACAUCUGUGUAAACUAUAUCAAAUUCUUUAAGCUAUAAUCAAGUACCAUGACGUACCAAAAUCCAUCAGCUUGAUAUAGGGUUUUUAUUUUCCGUUUUUUUUUUGCUUCGGUGGUCUUCUGGUGCUCUUCAAACCACAGUUCCUUGAGCACCUUGCAUGCAUGGCAACUAUUAGGACAACAAAAUGUAUAUAAAAUACAUGCACAUAUAUAAUAUCAGUCCACUUUCUACUUAAUUGGAGACAUGCACGUAUGAACUCAUGGGGUAAUAUUCCCAACUGCGGAACAGCGUUCCUCACUCAGCUGGAACGUGCAGAUUCCGGGUGAGAUGUAGAUGUUAAUCAUCGUGUGAAGUUUGGAAUCUGGACAUUCCAGACACUUUUUUUUCCGACACUGUGAAUCAUUGAACUUCUUUUACGGAGUCCAGAUACAGUGCUGUUGAACGUUUGGAGACGGUGGGACCUGGAAUGAUUAAAUCAGUGUAGAAUUGGGGGUAAAAGUGUCAGACUGUUUUUUGUUUUUUUUGAUUGAGUUGGUCCUUGAAUCAUACGGAGGUCAGUUAAUGCUUUUAAACUGUUGCUGUGUCAUUUCCAGCAAACAACUAAUGAUGGUCCAGUGCACUGUCUAUGUGCAGCAUCCGGAGUGACCAAACGUGUGUGCCAUGGAGUGAAUAUACGGUGAUUAAAGGAUGAUGUCCUGCUUUUUAAAUGUAUUUUACAACCUGCUGUGAUUUUUAAUACAACAGCACGCUUUCUACUGAUGUGCUCAGUAUUCUGUAAUUAAAUCUUUGUACCAAAAUAUACACAGAUCACCUGUAACAUUAAAUCCACCUGCCUGGUAUUGUGUAGUUUCCAUUGUGGCACUUAAACAUCUGAGUUGUCAAAUGCCUGGAGAUAUCUGUCCAGUCCAUUUAAAGUCCUGUAAGCUGCCAUCAAUGGGAUUGUAUGUUUUGUUUUUUUUGUUUUUCCAAAUACUUGAUCAGACUGAAGUUUGGGGAAUUUUGGAGCCCUUGAACGUUUUGUCAUGUUCCAUGAAACCAUUCCUGAGCAGUUUUUGCAGUGUAAUAGGGAACAUUAUCCUGCUGGAUGAGGAUGAUCUGUGAAGGAGUGGAACUUGGUCUGCUUUUGAGUAUAUCAUAAAUCCCACCCAUGUGAUUGGUGCCAUUGUAACAGGAUAAUUAACGCUGUUCAUGUGACCUACAGUGGUUUUAAUGCUCUUGCUGAUUGGUGUAACUGGCGUGUGCUGGUAUUAAAUUACUGUAGCUCAUUCGCUAAGAUGGAUUUCUGAUCUGAAGGUUGUGAGUUUAAAUCCCGUCCCCACUGGAGAUCAGUGUACAGUUGUAGAAAUGAGAUCACUGUAAGUCGCUCUGGAUUGGAGCCACAAUCACUGAUUCUUUACAUCGUUGCGUGCCAAACAGUUUUGAUUGACUCUUCCGGCGUGUCCUGAUUUUCUGUUUAAUGAACUGAACUGUAAUUAUUUCCAUGACCUCUGCUGCCUGUGCAUUUCAGUACCACUUAAAACACUCACCCCGUCUCCUUCCCUUAAUUCCCUCCGCCGGUUUAAAGGCAGUGAGGCGGUUCAUUAGCAGGCCGAGGAGCCACAUUUAUACUGCUGCGGAGCAGAGUGUCGACUGGUCCUUAAUUAAAAAACAAAUUAAUGUACCGUAUUUGUAUUUUAUGAAUUGAAUGUCUGAAUCAUUUUAGACUACACACAUUCCUCAUCUAGGGGUCAGGUGGAGCUUUUUAAAUCCUUUAAGCUAUUUGAUCACAUGGUUCAUGGGUCUUACACGAAUCACAAAACGGCUUCUUCUAGCAAACGUGGGUCUCGUGUUGACGUGGCCUUGACGUUUCGUGAUUUUAGCUUAAUUGCCAACACGCACACACACACACACACACACACACACACACACAGUGUACAAACGGUUUACAACAGCAGUGUUUGUAGUGAGUUUUAUAUGGUUGGAAAUCUGAAAUGAAAUAAAAUGGAAUAUACCAGA